UGCUUUGGUUGAUCUCAUGUCCAUUGGGACAUUGCUUGCAUACUCUCUGGUGGCCGUGUGUGUUCUCAUCCUCAGAUAUCAGCCAGGCACCCUGAGCCCUUCCAGUCAGACUGAGAAACUGGUGGAACUGGUCGGUGGGGAGAAGGUGGCUGUAUGUGGAGAUAGCGGAGAUGAAUAUGGCAUAGACCUGGAUGACAAUCCCCGCAAAGAGAAAUUCUCCCCGAAACUCCUCCUGGUUCCUUCCAAGGACUCGCCGACUGAAAUGUCAGGAACUAUUGUCUACGUCACAACCGCUGUUAUCUGUGAGUGAAGAUGUGCUUCAUUGUCACUGCUUGAUGAAUGAUAGCCA